AUGAACCCUUUCACUCAAGGCGGAUGGUCGGCCGGCAACGCGGGCAGCUCUGCUUGGAACCCGAGCAUGGGGCCUCCGCCCUCGGUCUUUGGGGCACUUCCUUCUCUGGGGACGACCACGGCGCCGCGUUCAAUACAGCCCGACAGCGUCACGUUCCAGUUCACGAACUUCAACACGACCAUCUUGAAUUGCUCUGUCGUUGGACCCCAGUCGCGUGUUGCCUACCGCAUCGUUACCGAGGCCACCACGCCAUCUUGCACCAUAUUCAAAGACAACGAGAGCCGCAAUGUUGCAAUGGUGCAGUGGCAGCCCAAUGCGACUGUCGAGAUUCGGAAUGCGGCGCCCAAGCAGCGCGUCCGUGACUGGCUCAGCCUGUCGUCGGAUCAAAAAAAACGUAAAAUGCAGGUUGGAGGCAUCCAGUACGCGUGGUCUCCCAUAGACGGCUUUAUUUGUAUGUACAAAUCCCAAGCGACCGCGCCCCGCGUCCUUGCCCGCAUCGCUCGAGGUGCCAACACGGUUCUCCUUGAACUUACCCAAGAAGCUCUGCAGCUGGGCCUACUAGAGCCCGCCAUCGUCGCAACUGUGAUGUUCAUCUGCGGCCACAACAUUGAUUAA